CUCGACUCCGCCCGGACCUUAUUUCCAAACGGACAAAAACAUCUUUCCGAAAGUUGACGUGGACGCCAAAUUGUGUACAAUGGCUGACACUAAAGCAGAAAUUUCAGCUGACAGCUCCACAGCAAUACAGAAUUCAAAUGCGUCGACUCAGCCAAAUAAUCCGCUUUCAAGGAAACUUAACAAAAUACUGGAGACGAGGCUUGACAACGACAAGGAGAUGCUGGAGGCUCUCAAGGCGCUGUCAGUGUUCUUCACUGAGAACAGUUUGCGCACCAGGAGAAAUCUUCGCGGUGACAUAGAGAGGCGAAGUCUGGCCAUCAACGAGGAGUUUGCACGAAUAUUUAAAGAAGUAAAAGAGGAGCUUGAAAGUGUUCAUGAGGAUGUCCAGGCAAUGAGCACGUGUUGUGAAGAAAUGACCAGCAGAUUAAAGGCUGCCAAAGAGCAAACUCAGGACCUCAUCGUAAAAACCAACAAGCUGCAGGGAGAAAAUCAACGUCUGGAGGUGAGAGCUCAGGUCGCUCAGGCUUUCCUGGCCAAGUUCCAGCUUUCUAAUGAGGAGAUGUCCACGCUGCGAGGGGCUCGGGAUGCACCCAUUUCUGAGGAUUUCUUCAAAGCUCUCAGCCGGGUGAAGCACAUCCACGAGGAUGUAAAAAUCCUCCUGCGAACCAACCAGCAAACCGCAGGGUUAGAGAUCAUGGAGCAGAUGGCAGUGUUACAGGAGACAUCAUACGAGCAGCUCUACCGCUGGGCUCAGAAUGAAUGCAGAGGACUGACCCAGGAGACGUGUGAUAUCAGCCCUGUGUUGACUCAAGCCAUGGAAGCCUUACAGGACCGACCCGUCCUUUACAAGUACACCCUGGAUGAGUUUGGGACGGCACGCAGGUGUGCUGUGGUACGAGGCUUCAUCGACGCCCUCACUCGAGGUGGGCCAGGAGGAACCCCACGCCCCAUAGAGAUGCAUUCACACGACCCUAUGAGGUAUGUUGGGGACAUGUUAGCCUGGCUACAUCAAGCUACUGCGUCAGAGAAGGAGCAUCUAGAAGCUCUACUGAAACAAGUCACCCUACAAGGUGUGGAGGAGAACAUGCAGGAAGUGGUCGGACACAUCACUGAGGGAGUCUGCAGGCCGCUGAAAGUCCGGAUAGAACAGGUCAUUGUGGCAGAGCCAGGUGCCGUCCUACUGUACAAGCUGUCCAACCUGCUUAAGUUCUACCACCACACCAUCAGCUCUAUCAUUGGGACCAGUGUCGCCUCCUUGCUCGUCACUAUUGAGGAAAUGCACUUCCUCAGCAAAAAGAUGUUCUUCAACAGCCUGAGCCUUCAUGCAAGUCGACUCAUGGACAAGGUGGAGCUGCCACCUGCAGAUCUGGGACCGACAGCCUCCCUCACUCAGACCCUCUCUCUCCUCAGGGAGGUGCUGGCCUCCCAUGACUCCUCCGUCGUUCCUCUGGAUGCCCGCCAGGCUGACUUUGCUCAGGUUCUCUCUUGCAUCUUGGAUCCCCUCCUACAGUUGUGUACUGUGUCUGCCAGUAACCUCGGCACAGCUGACAUGGCGACCUACAUGGUCAACUCGCUGUAUGUCAUGAAAACCACGCUGGCUCUCUUUGAGUUCACUGACAAGAGGCUUGAGAUGCUCGAGUUCCAGAUCGAGGCUCACCUUGACACCCUAAUCAACGAACAGGCGUCCUACGUGCUGACCAGAGCCGGACUGAGUUACAUUUACAGCUGUGUCCAGCAGCACAGUGCUGAACAGGGUCCUCUGUCGCUCCUUCCAAGCAUGGACAGCUCUUCUGUGAAAGCAGCAAUGGUCCAGUUUGAUCGAUACUUGUCGUCACCUGACACACUUGUGAUGCCGCAGCUCAACUUCCUGCUGAGUGCAGCCAUCAAGGAGCAGAUUUUCCGUCAGUCGACAGAGCUGGUGUGCAGAGCAUAUGGGGAGGUUUACACUGCUCUGACCAGCCCAGCGAACACCUACAAGGACCCUGAAAACCUGCUGCCCAGAUCCCCUCAGCAGGUUCAGACUUUGCUGUCCUGAGAGACGCUUUCGUCCCACUUCGAUGAUCUCAAAGGCACCAGCAGAGGACCGCCUGCAGGUUAUUUAAAGAGCCAUGUCAUUUGUACAGUAUAAUAACACAAAUGUCUAUGAAAGUUGAUGUAAAGGUGCAGUUCUCUCUGGGAAAUGUGGGUGUAUCUAAAGGCCUCCUGUGUGCCUGGAGGAAAGAGCAUUAUAUGUAUAUGAUGCAUUUACUUUCACUACUGCAGGCAUUUUCUCUCUCUCUGUAAAGCAUACAUUCAUUUGUCUUUCUUUCUGUUUGUUUUUAUACAAUGUAACCCUUUUUGGUUCCACAAUUAUAGAAAACAAAGUCUUUUUAUUGAAAAAACUGAAUAUUAUAUAAAACAAAAGGAAACGCAGGAUUUAAGAGGCUUGUGUUAUUUUUGAAAGCGGUCAGGAAAAAUUCUGCGAUAGUUCCAAGGGGAACCUCAGAGGCUUCACUACAAACGUCAUGUUUAUUUUAAUCCCAACUGUUUUGAGUUGUAGGGAUAAAAUGGAAAAUCAGUUUUACCAUCACAGUUGGUUUUUUGAACAGUGUCUAUCAUGUGGACUACAAUGUGAAUGCAAAACUUUAAUGAGAUUGGAUUUAAUUGUUUGCCAUAAAUUGUACGGUUACACGAAUGAAAUGUGAAACACAAUUUAGGGUGUCAGAAAGGAGAAAUAUUUUUCUUCACUGUUUUCACAGCAGAGUAAUUUUUGAAUUGAUUUACAUGGAAACUAACUUUUUCACUACAUGAUAUUUUUUACACCCCAUACACCUUCUAGUCUUGGACUGAGAUGCAUUAAAUUAAAGGUAUAAAAGCCGUAGCUUUUGCAAGACAGUAUUCAGUUAAAAUAGAUAUCUACACUACCGUUCAAAAGUUUGGGGUCACCCUGAUAAUCUCAUGUUUUAUAUGAAAACUCACACUUUUAUUCAUGUGCUAACAUAAAUAAACAAGGGUUUUCUAAUCAUCAAUGAGCCUUUCAACAUGAUAAGCUAACACAAUGUAGCAUUAGAACACAGGAGUGAUGGUUGCUGGAAGUGUUUCUCUGUACCCCUAUGUAAAUAUUCUAUUAAAAAUCAGCCAUUUCCAGCUAGAAUAGUCAUUUACCACAUGAACAAUGUCUACACUGCAUUUCUGAUUAAUUUAAUGUUAUCUUCAUUGAAAAAAAGCUUCUUUUUAAAAAAAAAUAGGGACAUUUCUAAGUGACCCCAAACUUUUGAACAGACAUGUGUGUCUACAAAAUACAAAAACUUUUGAAACCUCAGAAGAACCAGAAAAAAUAGACCCAAAAAGAUGUGUGUGAAAAGGAUUAUCUUUCAAAAAAAGUGCAGUCCAAGUUAUUUCUAAAUGCCCACACAGAACAGUUUGUGUCUUUCAUCUCUCUCGAGGAAGCCACACAGCAACAGAUAUUUGUGACAUGAUGACAUAUAAUAUCAUAUCACUGAAAAUCUGAUACCACCCAGUCAACGUAAUCCCCAAUAAAACCCCAGUAAAACUGUAAAGAUAAGUGAAUAUUGAUCCAGUGUGUUGUUAUGGUCUCUGGUCUGAGAGGCAGCAUUUCAUUUCUGCUAUCUGACAUCAAGGUCCAUGGCAGCCAGCCUGAUCUUGGCAGGACUGCCAGCACUGAGUCCCAGGAUUUCCCCAGCUCACCGGAUGUUACUCAGAUAUCAUUGGCCAGGACAUUGAGUACUGGGAAUAAAUGGAAUACCACAAA